AUGGAUAGAAAAAAUUAUUCAGCUGUCAAUGAAUUUGUCUUGCUGGGUCUUCCACACACUGAGGUGAUGAAAAUUCCAUUUUUCGUCUUGUUCCUCUGUAUUUAUAUUCUCACCCUGCUAGGUAACAUUACCUUAAUACUGGCUGUGAGAGGGGAUCCAAACCUCCACAUACCCAUGUACAUCUUCCUUUUGAACCUUUCAUUUCUGGACAUCUGGUUGUCUACAGUUACCUUACCCAAAAUGCUGACCAACUUUGUCAAAGAAACUAACAUUAUUUCCUUCAAUGGUUGUAUUGCCCAGUUUUACUUCUUCCAUUUUUUUGGAAGUACUGAGUGCUUUCUGUACACAAUCAUGGCCUAUGACCGAUAUCUGGCCAUCUGUCACCCCUUACACUACUCUAAGUUUAUGAGCAUGAAGCUUUGUACACAAUUUACAACUGGGAUCUGGUUGGCAGGUUCGAUUCACUCAAUGAUCCAUACAACAUUAACAUUCCGACUACCUUUCUGUGGGCCAAAUAAAAUUGACUAUUUCUUCUGUGAUGUUAUUCCACUUUUAAAACUUGCAUGUUCAGACACUACAGUAAAUAAAGCCAUAAUAAUUACCAACAUUGGAGCAGUUGCCUUGAUCUGCUUCAUUAUGAUUCUAAUAUCAUAUGCUCACAUUGUAAGAACCAUCCUCAAAAUUAGCAGUUCUGAAGGAAGACGGAAAACCUUUUCAACCUGUGCAUCACACUUGACUUCUGUAAUUUUCUUUUAUGGACCGCCUGUGUUUAUUUAUCUAAGUCCCAAUUCUAUGGACUAUAUUGUAGAAGAGACAAUUGCUGUUUUCUACACUCUAAUGACUCCAAUGUUGAAUCCUAUGAUUUAUUCUUUAAGAAACAAGGAUGUCAAGAAGGCCUUGAAAAUUAUUAAAAGUGACAUUUUUGGUGUGUUGCUGGGCUUAACUAUGUAG